UAUAUAUAUAUAUAUAUAUUAUUGUUAGACGAUGAAAAACCACUUAAACAUCAACUUGGCAUCCUUACAAGAUCCUUGGUCAGAUGAGAUGCUUGCUUUAUGGUUACCUAUUGCAGCCUAUUGGGUCUAUUCGACAUUCUGGUUGAUUGUCAUGAAGGCACAACUACCUUAUUUCGAACAAUACCGUAUUCAUACCAUGGGAGAUAUGGAGAAACGAAACAAAGUCAGUGUGUCUCGAGUACUCAGUAUGGUGACACUGCAACACCUUAUACAAGCUGUCUUGGGUUUCUUGGUCUUGAAACCAGUGGACCCCAUCAGUUAUGGUCUAGCACAAGAAAGACAGUUGCAUUGGUGGACUGGGUUGUUUAUGACAAGUGUUGAUCGAGUGCAUUCUAUUCAACUGGCCCGAGUAAUAUGUUGGGUACUUGUGCCUCUAUUCCAAUUUGUCAUGGCCAUGGUUAUUAUGGAUGCCCAUCAGUACUUUUUGCAUCGUUUAUUUCAUAUCAACAAAUUCCUUUAUAAGCAUAUUCAUUCUCAUCAUCAUCGUCUGUAUGUACCUUAUGCCUUUGGUGCCUUAUACAAUCAUCCCUUGGAAGGUUUUUUAUUGGAUACGUGUGGUGCAGCCAUUGCUGUUGAAUUGACUCGAUUAUCACCCAAGAUGACUUGGAUCUUUUUUACUUUCUCUACGCUGAAGACAGUGGAUGAUCAUUGUGGAUAUGCACUUCCUUGGGACCCACUGCAGUUUUUGUUUGGUAACAAUGUACAAUACCAUGAUAUUCAUCAUCAAUCCUUUGGCAUCAAAACUAACUUUUCACAACCCUUUUUCACUUUUUGGGAUAAAUUAUUAGGGACUGAAAUGUCCUUGAAAGAAGCAGAAAAGAGAAACAAACAACGCAAUGCAUAAUACAUCUAUUCAUCUAUAUACACACACACACACACACACACUUAUUACAUUACCAUUAUAAUAAUAAAGUUUUUCUUUUAUAUAUAUACUUUAA